AUGAUUAAAGCAGCGGCAACACUUAAAUCAUUACAAUACCGUCAAAAUAGUUUAACGGAUUGUUAUGGUCGAUUGAGUUUUGGUCCAGUAAAUCCCGGGCAAGGAUUAACGAUUGGUAAUACGCUUCGCCGUAUUUUAUUAAACGAUCUUCCUGGAAUUGGGGUUAUUGGUGCCGAAAUUAACGGUGUUCAGAGUGAGUUUUCGACUCUCCCUGGAAUCCGAGAAUCUGUAAUUGAGAUUUUUUUAAAUCUUCGUGAACUCAUUUUUACUCCGACAGCAACUUGUGCACAAAAAGUAAAACAAACCAAACCGUUUGUUUAUGCAAAGCUAAACUCGGAAUUAAAAAUUGAUAAUUUCCCGUAUGUAGUAACUGCAAAAGACUUACAUAUUCCUGAAUAUGAAUUCGUUGAUCCCAACCAACAAAUUGCAACAAUUUUAUCACCAACAGCUGCUGAAAACUUUAAAUUAACUCUUUUAAUUGGACAAGGUCGUGGGUAUCAAUCAUGGAAAAAGUUACCGGGUGUGCCCCAACUUAUGGAUCAACGCUUUUUCGAACAAUUUGAUUCAACGCAAACAAAUUCGAAAUCAGUAACUUUCCCAAUUGAUGCGAUUUUUAUGCCAAUUCGACAAGUUAAUUUUACAGUUCAAGAACAUUCUGUUGAUGGUGAAUAUAUCUAUUUUGAAGUUUGGACCAAUGGUAGCAUCAACCCAUUUGAUGCAGUGAAAUCUGCGGCGAAAGUUGGUAUGAAAUUAAUGACAGCUUGUCUUACUACGUUACAAGAUCAACAAGUUUAUCUCGACGAAUCAAAACUUCCAGAGACUCCUAAUUUUGUACAAGUUAAUUACAAUAAAAUGGAAUCAGAGAGUAAUUUCGAUCAAAUUUUUAUUGAACAAUUAGAACUUUCGCUUCGUGCAUACAAUUGCUUAAAGCGUGCUAAUAUUUUAACAUUGGCAGAUUUAUCGCAGCAGUCUUUUCGAGACUUGAUGAAACUUCGAAAUUUCGGUCAAAAAUCUGCCGAUGAAGUUCGUGCCGCAUUAAGUACUUACGGAAUCGAAUUAAAAGAAGAUUAA